UAAUAAUACAUGGGACCCGUAAAGACAAUCUGGACUGCCCCGACCUUAUCGCUGAGUACAUGCAGAAACACAAGGAGAAGGAGAAGGAGGGCAAGAGGAAAGUUGUCAGUGAGGUCUUGGGAGACUCAGAGGAGCGAGGGAGCAAGAGGAAGAAGGAGGAGAAACGGGGAGGAGGAGAGGGACCCACAUGUCACCACUGUCAACACUGUGACAAAUCCUUUACAACAUCUGUAUAUUUAAACAUUCAUCAGAGAGUUCACACUGGACAGACACACUGUGUGACAGCUUUCACACAACAGAGUAACCUAAAAAGCCAUCAACACAUUCACACUGGACAGAAGCCGUAUAGAUGUGAUCAAUGUGGGGCAGCUUUCACACAACAGGGUACCCUGAACAGACAUCAACGCAUUCACAGGGGAGAGACGUACAGCUGUGGUCAAUGUGGUGCAGCUUUCACACAACGGAGUACCCUAAAAAGCCAUCAACGCAUUCACACUGGAGAGAAGCCUUACCGCUGUAAUCAAUGUGGGGCAGCUUUUACACGACAGGAUACCCUAAGAAAACAUCAACGCAUUCACACUGGAGAGAAACCUUACAGCUGUAAUCAAUGUGGGGCUGACCAGCAGUAA